GUGUGUGUGUGUGUUGAGUUGAGUCUCUUGAGGUCAGUUUGAUCUUUUGAGGCUCUGUCUAGUUCCCGUCUUCUACUUACUUGGAGCUCUCCCUAAGUUAGUUCUCGCCCCCCAGGGCUCUCCUAGCCUUGCUAGGAGAGCCCCUGGCGUCCAGAUAGAAAUACAGGUCGGAGAGGCUCACGGCGCGUCUUCCAGGACAAUUUAAAUUUUGAUAUUGUCACUGGCGCGCCGCUCUCCGUCCUCCAUCCGCAGUGGGCUAGCUACCCCUCGGAUGUCGCCUCUACCAUCCUCAGCUUUUCAGCAACCAGAAAAUGGGCGACGUCGUCGCAGGCAGGAUCCCCCCCGCAGAAGCGAUUCUCUACUAAAAUUCGCUUCGUGGAAUGUCAGAACUCUCGUGAAUGCUGACGGCCCAAUCGAAACUGCUGCGUCUGGACAUAGAGUAGUCGAGGACAGGAAGAUCAAUACUGUCAUAAAUGAGCUGAAGAGACUCGACAUCGAAGUGGCUGGACUUCAGGAAUCGAAGUGGUUUGGAGCUGAGAUCUACAAUGUCGCGGAUUCGAUCGUAUUGUCGUCUGGACGUCCCGUACCAUCUGAAAAUUUCAAACGCGGAGAAGGAGUCUGCAUCGUCCUGAGAGGCCGUGCACGGAACGCUUUCUCGGCAGGAGGAAACCAAUGGACGGCGGUAUCGUCGAGAAUUGCACAAUGCAAGUUGAAGUUCGUCCACCACGGAAACAAAAACACCUGGAUCAAUGUGAUUGCAUGCUACGCUCCAACUUUCAGAUCAAGUAGGGAGUCCAAAAAUGAAUUUUUUGCAUCCCUGCAAGCGAGCGUAAACUCAGUGCCACCAAGUCAACAAUUGAUUAUCCUUGGCGACUUCAAUGCACGGGUUGGUCUCAUCCAGAGUGCUGAUCCAUGGUAUGGGACUUGUGGAGAUAAUGGGAUAGGGGAAACGAACCACGCUGGACUGGAACUGCUCCAGUUCUUGACAUGCAACAGCCUCACUGUGUGCAACACCUGGUUUGCCAAGAAGCGUAUCCACAAGUAUACAUGGCAGCACCCACGGUCGAAGAAGUGGCACUGUAUCGAUUAUGCCAUUGUCAGGCGGCAAGAUCUGCUAGCCUGCACAGACUGCCGCGUUAUCCGUAGUGCGGAGUGUAGUACCGACCACAAUCUUGUAUGCUUAUCGUUCUGUCUGUCGUACACCGUCAACUUUCGCACCGGAGUAGCACGGCGUUCACGCUUUAAUAUCCAAGCUCUCAUGACCCGCCCUGGUAUGACCGACGAACAAUCUAAUGCCGUGCAGGCUACUCGGCUCCAAUUCGCCUCCGGUGUGCAACACCAUCUGCAAUCAUCUGGGCCAGCUGAUACCGUUGAUGCCAAGUGGUCGGCAUACAAAUCUGCCUUGACCUCCAGCGCUGAGGCACACCUGGGCAAACCCGUUCGACUACAACCAGACUGGUUCCUAGCAGCAGCAGACAUCCUCCAACCUCUUUUUGCUGAGCGCACACGCCUCCAUCAACAGUGGCAUCAAUCAGAGCUGCCAGCGGACCACCGCCGCUUCCUCGAUGUCCGAGGUAGAUGUCGUACCGCAGUUGGUGCAGCGAAGAGUGCAUGGUUGGAGCAGAGAGCUAGCACUGUGGAGCGUGGCAAAUUUAGUGGUAAGCACGUUUGGUCCGCCAUCCGAGACAUUCAACGGUGCUAUUCAGGACUCCGAUCCGUCACCAUCCAUCCGGUCCGUAAUGCUGAGGGCAUAGUUUGCACGUCUUUGGAGGAGCAGGAAGACUGCUGGUCCACUCACUUCUCGAACUUGCUCAAUGUCCCCAGUACCUUCAAUGCCUCCACCGUUGCUAACAUCCCUCAACGUGAGCCUGACGAGUCUCUGGCAGUCACACCAACAAUGGAAGACCUUGUCGUCGCCAUCAGACACCUUGCAAAUGGCAAAGCUGGAGGUUCCUCGCGUAUAGUCCCCGAGCUUGUGAAAGCAGGUGGCCAUGAUUCCCUGGACGCAUUGCUGGAUCUCGUCCAACUUGCUUGGACGACGGCCACUGUUCCGCAGGAAUGGCGCGAUGCCGAGUUGGUUCCUGUUCCCAAGAAGGGCGACCUGUCCAAAUGUGAUAAUUGGCGGGGUAUUGCCCUUCUUGAUGUUGUUGGCAAGGUGUGUGGCCGCAUGAUUCAAGAUCGCCUGCAGUUGUUGGCUGAGUCGGAACUCCCAGAGUCCCAGAGCGGCUUUCGGCCAGGCAGGGGCUGUGUUGAUGCCAUCUUCUCGCUCCGCCAGCUAAUCGAGAAAGCAUACGAACAUCGUCAGCAGCUCUUCUGUGUGUUUGUGGAUUUGAAAAAGGCGUACGAUUCUGUACCACGCGCUGCUCUCUGGGUGGCCUUGGGCCGACUUGGGGUCCCGCAACAGCUAGUGGCCCUGAUUAAGGCUUUCCACACCUCUACCUCUGCCUCGGUCCGAGUUGGCAACUCCACCUCUGAUGAGUUCCCUGUGGUUAAUGGUCUCCGACAAGGAUGUGUCAUGGCACCCGUUCUCUUUAACCUGUACUUCGGGGCGGUUGUUGAGACAUGGCGUACCCGACUAAAGGAUGCAGGUCGUAGUCACUCUGUCAGCAUCCAGUUUUCCAUCGAUGGCCAACUCUACCCCCGCUCAUCAUCGCGCAGGGCUGGCGAGUCACUGUCUGUUAGUGACCUGGAGUAUGCUGAUGAUGCCGUUCUCGUGUCUGAAUGCCGUAGUGAUGCUGAGUUUGGUGUGGAGCUCUUCUGUAGUGUUGCCCGAGAAUUUGGACUAACUGUGAGCAUCGCCAAGACGAAGAUCAUGACGGCGGGCCAUGGGGUCUCUGCUGAAGACUCGGCUGACAUCGUUCUCCCCCUUGGCACUAUCGAAGCCGUGCCGAAGUUCACCUACCUAGGAUCCAUAGUGACCCCUGACAGUCGUUCUUCAUCCGACAUCAAGCGCCGUAUUGCCGAAGCCUCAAAAGCCUUCGGAGCCCUCCAGAAGGUAUUCACUGACAGAUCUCUGUCCCUCUCUAGUAAACGCCACCUGUACAUGGCCUGCGUUUCCUCAAUAUUACUGUAUGGCGGAGAGUGUUGGACCCCACUCCAACGGGAUAUCAGAAGUUUGGAUAAAUUCCACCAUCAAUGCAUCCGGACUGUCCUCAGCAUCACCAAGCCUCGUCAGUGGUCCGAGCGGCUGUCAUCCACAGACCUGCGGAACCGUUGGGGAGACCCAGUACUGAUGUCUACACGCCUCCGCAAUCGGCGUCUGGAAUGGACUGGGCACGUUGCGCGUAUGGAUGAGGAUCGCACCCCCCUCCAACUCCUCUUUGGGUGGCUACCUGUGCCUCGGCCGUUUUGUGGUCCCCGGCGACGGUGGAAAGACACGGUGAUGACCGACCUCAAGGUUGCACUGCAACAGCCAUCUCAGUGGUUCAUCCUUGCUCAGGACCGCCAACAGUGGAGGGAAGUACGGGUUGCCCCUCAGUCGAGUUCCACCAUGCCCAAGUCUGUGCAUUGCGCAGUGUGUGACCGGAACUUCUCACGGGUCUCAGAUAGAACGCGGCACAAGUGCACCACUCAGAGACGGCUUCCCAUCCAGCUCCAGCGUGGAUCAGUGCAAUGCCAGAACUGCCAGAGGUGGUUCCGCAGCAAGGGUGGCUACUCUGUUCAUCGAUGCCAGCCUGUCACGAGUUCUCCUACACCAACAGUCAGUCUGUCUGUGCCACUUUCAGCUUGUUGCCAGCAGCACUGCCCAACAUGUCAGCGAUGCUUCCGUUCUGCGGCCGGGUUCAAGCGUCACAACUGCAAUCGUGGUGCGAGACCAUCUGCUGCUGAGAGAGCAGCUCUGCCCCUCAGCUGCCCACGUUGUAAACGCAAUUUCCGCCGGCAGCAGGAUCUAGCCAGACAUUCGCGGUCCUGCUUGUGAUCCGUGUCCCGUUUUCUGGUCCCCUUUCCAUAGGGGUGACACUUGCCCCUCUGGGCAGUCAUGCUGCUAGUAGUAGUAGUAGUAGUGUGUGUGUGUGUGUGUGUUGCGGGUUCGAUUCCCGACGAUUAUGGUCACACACGUCUUUCUUCUCUUUCUCAGACUCUUCCUGACUUUUCUUUCAUUCUCCUGGGUGGUUACCAACAGCCAGUGUAUGCCGGAGUAUGCGGUGUGGUGUGUGUAGAAAAAAUGGAAAAAUGAAAAAUAGGGAUUCACUGGCCAGAAAAAGUCACUUCAAACAGCUGUGUGGUGGAUACCAGGCUAAAAAUAGUGGCGGUCAAUUCAUCAGCCUUGCAAGCUGUUGAAUGGUGUAAUCCCAGCACAAGUUGCUAUGUCUAACACAGCUGUUCGCUAUCAUCGCUUCCGCGAUGGGCAUGUCUGAGGUCUGAGGUCUGAGGUGUGCGCACGUGCGU